AUGGCUGAGCAGAGGGUGGACAAGACCAGCAGUCCGAGCAACCUCGUCAGCAUCUGGAGAAGGAAGAAGGAAGAAGAUGCAUUUGGUGACUAUGAGCGUCUUAAACAAGAAGGCACUGAGGUCAUCCUGGAUGUUGUCCAAGGUUUCAAACACCCGAACUACAACACCAAGACCAUAGACAAUGAUAUUGCCCUGCUGCGCCUACAGACCCCCGCUCCCACGACUGAGUACAUCGUCCCCAUUUGUCUGCCAGGACGCGAGAUGGCCGAGCGGGUGCUCCACCUGAACGGCACUAAGACUGUUGUCUCUGGCUGGGGCAAAGAGGACAUGAACAGCACUAAGCACAGCUCAGUGCUCAACGUUAUUGAAAUCCCAUUGGUCAGCCACAGCAUCUGUACUCAGCAGAUGUUCCCCCACACGAUCUCCAACAACGUCCUCUGUGCCGGUAUCCUUGGACAGAGGAAGGAUGCCUGUGAGGGUGACAGUGGGGGCCCGAUGGUCACUCUGUACCGGGACACCUGGUUCCUGGUUGGCCUGGUUUCCUGGGGUGAGGGCUGUGGACAGCUGGACAAACUGGGAAUCUACACAAAAGUGUCCAACUACAAUAAUUGGAUCAAUAGUGUGCGUGAAGAAUGGGACAGAGGCCAUCGCCCGGAAGGACGCCCACGCUUCUGA